AUGUCUUCGAAGGAUAAGAAACCAGCGAGGCCAUCGGGUAAUCGAGCUGGUGGAGUCCGUACUCUUUCCGAUCUCAAUCGAAGGUCUGGACCUGACUCCGACAGUGAUUCCGACGGUCCUCAGGAGUAUUACACCGGCGGCGAGAAAAGUGGUAUGCUUGUUCAGGAUCCAUCGAAAAAAGAUGAUGUUGAUGAGAUAUUCAAUCAAGCUAGACAGCUAGGAGCUGUGGAAGGACCUCUUGAGCCUCCUACAAGUUCUAGGAGUUUCACUGGAACCGGGAGAUUGCUUUCCGGAGAACACGUGCCGACUGGAAUUCAACAGCCUGAGCCUGUGGUUCACAACAUUGUUUUCUGGUCUAAUGGAUUUACCAUUGAUGAUGGUCCUUUGAGGAAGUUGGAUGAUCCAGAGAAUGCUUCUUUUCUCGAGAGCAUUCGAAAGUCUGAGUGCCCGAAAGAGCUUGAGCCUGCAGAUAAAAGAGCCCCGGUACAUGUCAAUCUGAUGCGAAGGGAAGAGAAAUGCCCAGAACAAGAGAAGAAGCGUAGGGUUUCGUUUCAGGGUGUUGGAAGAACUCUAGGUGGUAGCAACGACAGCAGCGGAAGUAGCUCUGCAAGGGCUCCAGAUUCCGACGCCAUUCCCGUCCAAACCAACCUAACCAGUUUAGCAGCAGCACCAGGACCAUCUCCAACUUUUGUAGUAGAUGAAACCAUUCCAACCACAUCGAUCCAGAUUAGACUAGCGGAUGGGACUCGUCUUGUGGCUAAGUUCAAUCACCAUCACACGGUUAACGACAUUCGCGCUUUCAUUGACUCAUCUCGACCUGGAGCUCCAGUUAACUACCAGCUUCAGACAAUGGGCUUCCCACCAACGCCCUUGACUGACCUCUCUCAGACCAUUGAACAGGCUGGUCUAGCCAACUCGGUCGUUCUUCAGAAAUUCUAG